AUCUUGUCACACAAGUCUGGACUUUCUGGAGAUCCACUCUGUUCUGCUUCUCAAGGGCCUGUGCACAUUUGGGGUCGUUAGAGGCUCUGGGAUAGGCUCUCCCUCUGACACAUCAGUAGGUUUAAUGGGGUUGGUGACCCUUUCUUGAGCCUCUUGGACUAAGGAGUUUCGUAGAAGAGCUGGCUGGAAUUGACUGCUGAAAGCAAAAACUGGCAGGCUGACAUAGGCAGCCUCAGGACGGACUCUCUGGCUACUGACCGUUUUGCUGUGGCUCACCCGGAUUGUGCGUAGGCGCGAGAUCAACCAUGAGCUCCGUUGCAGUUUUGACCCAAGAGAGCUUUGCUGAACACCGAAGUGGGCUGGUUCCGCAACAGAUGAAAGUUGCUACUUUAAAUUCAGAAGAGGAGAGCGACCCCCCAACCUACAAAGAUGCCUUUCCUCCACUCCCGGAGAAAUCAGCUUGCUUGGAAAAUGCCCAGGAGCCUGCUGGCGCCUGGAGUAACAAGAUCCGGCCCAUCAAAGCUUCUGUCAUCACUCAGGUGUUCCAUGUACCCCUGGAGGAGAGAAAAUACAAGGACAUGAACCAGUUUGGAGAAGGUGAACAAGCAAAAAUCUGCUUGGAGAUCAUGCAGAGGACUGGUGCCCAUCUGGAGCUGUCUCUUGCCAAAGACCAGGGCCUCUCCAUCAUGGUGUCAGGGAAGCUGGACGCCGUCAUGAAAGCCCGGAAGGACAUUGUCGCUAGACUGCAGACUCAGGCCUCAGCGACUGUAGCCAUUCCCAAAGAACACCACCGCUUUGUUAUUGGCAAAAAUGGAGAGAAACUGCAAGACUUGGAGCUCAAAACUGCAACCAAAAUCCAGAUCCCACGCCCAGACGACGCCAGCAAUCAGAUCAGGAUCACCGGUACCAAAGAAGGCAUCGAGAAAGCUCGCCAUGAAGUCCUACUCAUCUCUGCUGAGCAGGACAAACGUGCUGUUGAGAGGCUGGAAGUGGAGAAGGCGUUCCAUCCCUUCAUCGCUGGGCCAUAUAACCGACUUGUUGGCGAGAUCAUGCAGGAGACAGGAACACGCAUCAACAUCCCCCCACCCAGUGUCAACCGGACAGAAAUCGUCUUCACGGGAGAGAAGGAGCAGUUGGCUCAGGCUGUGGCUCGAAUCAAGAAGAUCUACGAGGAGAAGAAAAAGAAGACCACAACCAUCGCCGUGGAGGUGAAGAAAUCCCAGCACAAGUAUGUCAUCGGGCCGAAGGGCAAUUCCUUACAGGAGAUCCUGGAAAGAACGGGAGUUUCUGUGGAGAUCCCACCGUCAGACAGCAUCUCGGAGACUGUGAUACUUCGAGGCGAGCCUGAAAAGCUAGGGCAGGCACUGACUGAGGUCUAUGCCAAGGCCAACAGUUUUACUGUGUCAUCUGUCUCUGCUCCUUCCUGGCUACACCGGUUCAUCAUCGGCAAAAAGGGGCAGAAUCUGGCCAAAAUCACUCAGCAGAUGCCCAAGGUGCACAUCGAGUUCACAGAGGGUGAGGACAAGAUCACCCUGGAAGGCCCCACAGAGGAUGUAAACGUGGCCCAGGAACAGAUCGAAGCCAUGGUCAAAGACUUGAUUAACCGGAUGGACUACGUGGAAAUCAACGUGGACCACAAGUUCCACAGACACCUCAUCGGGAAGAGCGGGGCCAACAUAAACAGAAUCAAAGACCAGUAUAAGGUGUCCGUGCGCAUCCCUCCUGACAGUGAGAAGAGCAACCUGAUUCGCAUUGAGGGGGACCCGCAGGGUGUACAGCAGGCCAAGCGGGAGCUGCUGGAGCUCGCCUCUCGGAUGGAAAAUGAGCGCACCAAGGAUCUGAUCAUUGAGCAGAGAUUCCAUCGCACAAUCAUCGGGCAGAAGGGUGAACGGAUCCGUGAAAUUCGUGACAAAUUCCCAGAGGUUAUCAUCAACUUUCCAGACCCAGCACAAAAAAGUGAUAUUGUUCAACUCCGAGGGCCGAAGAAUGAGGUGGAAAAAUGCACAAAAUACAUGCAGAAGAUGGUGGCAGAUCUGGUGGAAAAUAGCUAUUCAAUUUCUGUUCCGAUCUUCAAACAAUUUCACAAGAACAUCAUUGGGAAAGGAGGCGCAAACAUUAAAAAGAUUCGGGAAGAAAGCAACACUAAGAUCGACCUUCCAGCAGAGAAUAGCAAUUCAGAGACCAUUGUCAUCACAGGCAAGCGAGCCAACUGUGAGGCUGCCCGGAGCCGCAUCCUGUCCAUCCAGAAAGACCUGGCCAACAUAGCCGAGCUGGAGGUCUCGAUUCCAGCCAAGCUGCACAACUCCCUCAUCGGCACGAAGGGCCGCUUGAUCCGCUCCAUCAUGGAGGAGUGUGGUGGGGUGCACAUCCACUUCCCGGUGGAGGGCUCGGGAAGUGACACGGUUGUCAUCAGGGGCCCUGCCUCAGACGUGGAAAAGGCCAGAAAGCAGCUCCUGCACUUGGCUGAGGAGAAGCAAACCAAGAGUUUUACCGUUGACAUCCGCGCAAAGCCAGAAUACCACAAGUUCCUUAUUGGCAAAGGGGGUGGCAAAAUCCGCAAGGUACGUGACAACACGGGAGCCCGCAUCAUAUUCCCAACGGCCGAGGACAAGGACCAGGACCUGAUCACCAUCAUAGGGAAGGAGGACGCUGUCAGGGAGGCCCAGAGGGAGCUGGAGGCCCUCAUCCAGAACCUGGAUAAUGUGGUGGAAGACUGCAUGUUGGUGGACCCCAAGCACCACCGCCAUUUUGUCAUCCGAAGAGGCCAGGUCUUGCGGGAGAUUGCCGAAGAGUAUGGUGGGGUGAUGGUCAGCUUCCCACGCUCGGGCACACAGAGCGAUAAGGUCACCCUCAAGGGUGCCAAGGACUGUGUGGAGGCGGCCAAGAAGCGCAUUCAGGAGAUCAUCGAGGACCUGGAAGCCCAGGUGACCAUAGAAUGUGCCAUACCCCAGAAGUUCCAUCGAUCUGUCAUGGGCCCCAAAGGUUCCAGAAUCCAGCAGAUUACCCGGGACUAUAAUGUUCAGAUUAAGUUCCCAGACAGAGAGGAGAACCCAGUUCACAGCGUAGAGCCGCCAGUCCAAGAGAACGGCGAUGAUGCUGGAGAUGGGAGAGACAUCAAGGAGGCUGACCCCGGCUCCCCCAGGCGGUGUGACAUCAUCAUCAUCUCCGGCCGGAAAGAAAAGUGUGAGGCAGCCAAGGAAGCUCUCGAGGCGCUGGUUCCUGUCACCAUCGAAGUGGAAGUGCCCUUUGACCUGCAUCGGUACAUCAUUGGGCAGAAGGGGAGUGGUAUCCGAAAGAUGAUGGACGAGUUUGAGGUGAACAUCCAUGUGCCGGCACCGGAGCUGCAGUCUGACGUCAUUGCCAUUACCGGCCUCGCCGCGAAUUUGGACCGGGCCAAGGCUGGCUUGCUGGAGCGCGUGAGGGAGCUGCAGGCUGAGCAGGAGGACCGGGCUUUAAGGAGCUUUAAGCUGAGUGUCACUGUGGACCCCAAAUACCAUCCCAAAAUUAUUGGGAGAAAAGGGGCAGUGAUUACCCAAAUCCGCUUGGAACAUGAUGUGAACAUUCAGUUUCCUGAUAAGGACGAUGGGAGCCAGCCCCAGGACCAAAUUACUAUCACAGGGUAUGAAAAGAAUACAGAAGCUGCCCGGGACGCCAUAUUGAAAAUUGUGGGUGAACUUGAACAAAUGGUUUCUGAGGAUGUCCCGCUGGACCACCGUGUUCACGCCCGUAUCAUUGGCGCCCGUGGAAAAGCCAUCCGCAAAAUCAUGGAUGAAUUCAAGGUGGACAUUCGCUUCCCACAGAGUGGGGCCCCAGACCCCAACUGCGUCACCGUGACAGGGCUCCCAGAGAACGUGGAAGAAGCCAUCGAUCACAUCCUCAACCUAGAGGAGGAAUACUUGGCUGACGUGGUCGACAGCGAGGCCCUGCAGCUGUACAUGAAGCCGCCAGCCCAUGAGGAGUCCAAAGCGCCAUCAAAGGGCUUUGUGGUCCGGGACGCCCCCUGGACCGCAAAUAGCAGCGAGAAGGCCCCUGACAUGAGCAGCUCCGAAGAGUUUCCCAGCUUUGGGGCUCAGGUGGCCCCCAAGACCCUCCCAUGGGGCCCCAAACGAUAAUGAUCAGAAAGCAGAAACCUCUCCAGCCUGCUGUCCCAAACCCCACCACACAUGGUUUGUUUCAAUCUGACCCAGCAGCUGGACCCUCCAUAAAUUGUUGACGCUUCCCCCUCCCCGAGGUCUCGCAGUGAAGCCGGGCGCGCCAGCCCCCCGCGUGCGCUCAGGAUCUGCUCCCUGACACCUUUUGCUCUGGGACGGCGCUCCGCUGUUGUGCACACUAACAGAGGUAAUUGGACAUUUCCCUACAAGCCUCCUGGCUCAUCCAGCAUGUCAGUAAGGCUCUGGCCUCCACUCUGAGAGCUCCACAGCUGUGGCUGAGUCUACUUCCUGUGUCAUGACCUCAGGAAAUAAAUUUCCUUGACUUUAUAAAAGCCAAAAUGUUUGCCCUCUUCCUUUCCCACCUCCUUUCCUCCCUCUGCCUGCCGUUCAGUCCCUCCUUGUCAAAUGCAAUCCAAUCCACCUUCUUCCAGCUGCCAAAAAGCCCACUUAGCCCAGACCACAGGGUGGGGAGGAAGACCCAGUUUGCAUACUGGGAGUGCCCGGACCCAAAGGAGAGCUGCAGUGGAGCCUCAGGGGACCAGAGAGGCAGAAGGGUGACCUGGGUUCUCAGGCGGUCUUGGCUUUGCACACGUUGGGGUCUGAAAGCACCGAGUGUCUCCACCCCGCACCACGCGGCACUGGAGACCCCAAGUCUGGUGAGGAAAGCCUGAAGGCAAGGCCGCACAUCUCCAUAUAGGUCCACCGUGGCUGGCACGGUGGCCUGGUGUGGCCUAAGAAACGUGGCACGGGGAGAAGGGAGGCCUGUGGAGCGGUGGUGGAGACUGUCCACUCCUCCCUCGUGCCCACCCACCACCCCCAGGCGCCAGGUAUGAAGUCGCCUCCUUUCUACCUCAGAGUUAGCGUGGCAUGGUCCCACGCUUAGGAGAGAGCCAGCCAUGGCGCUCGGCCUCUUGGUUUAGAGGUUUCCAGUGGCGGCACGUUGGCUGCAGCACCAGGUCUCCCCUAGGCUGUCUUCUGACACAAGCCCAGGUGCUGGGUGUGGGCUUCCCAGGGGUUGGUCUGGAGAGGCUGGCUUUGUGGUCCCGGGGUACAGAGAGGUGAGGACCAGCCGCCAACAAGGGAGGCUCUCCUCUGUCUCAGGCAUGCAGUGGGUAACUGUGGCUGUUGGACCACAGGCCUUAGCAAGCAGGGGGCCUGGCUCUGCAGCUGCCUGUUGAGGGUCCGCUCGGAGAGGAAGGGGGCCCCAGGCAGUGCGGAGGCGCCUUUGUGCCGUGUCGUGUGGGACCGCGGACGGGCCCUCCCCAUCCCUGCCUCUGCCUUGUCUCGUCCCACCCUGAAAUACUGGCAUUCCUAGGGGCUGGACAUGUGUCCUGCACGCACAGUCUGUGCCACCCCCACACCCCCACCCUUCUCUCUCGAGCUCCGUUAAUGGAAGCUCAGUGACCUGCCGACUCUACUACGAUUCUGAGUAGACGGGAGUGUCACUUGACAAGUGCACCUUGAGCCUCCCGUCCAUGUGGCAGCCUGAGGUGUGUCCACCUCCAGGAGCGAUGGACUGGGGUGAGAGAGAACACGCACUUGAGUGGACAGGCUGGGGGACCCAAAGUAGGUCCAGUGAGGAUAGGGAGGGAGGAGGGGACGGUGCUACCUUACCUUUCCAGGAGUACCCCCUCCAUCUCUUGGGGGGCCUGGUUGGGAAAGGGCACCUUUUCUCCAGCUGCGUGAGGUUUGGGGCCUUUCCUGUUGGCCAUCUUGUUUCCCUCCACUGGCCCCUCCGACCCUCACAGCAUCUACCCAAACCCCUCUUCCCUCCGUCUUUUCUAUAGCAUCCUUCCACAGCGCCCACCCCUGCCCUCCCCUAAAGGUAAAUUUUAAAUUUUCACAACAGGUUUUUUGCACAUCUGCAUUUAUUGCUAAAUGUUAUAGAUGCAAACCCCCUCUCUCCCCCAAAACUGUAUUUGGGAUCUUGUGUGCUCUGUUUUUGGUGGUUGUUACUAAAGAUUGCUUGGUGACCCCGCCCAGGCCUGGUCUCCUGCAGCCACCCCUGCAGCUGGGACAGCCCUGGGCAGGGUGGGGUGUGCGUGUCCAUUUCCUUUGUUGAAUGUCUUCCAUAUCAUGUGUUUCCAUAGCUAUGAUCCGUCCCUUGGCCUUAAUUUUGGAACCUGGAGAUUAUAUGCAAACAUGUGUAAAGGCUUAUGAAUAUGGAUGACACUGGAAUUUUAUAAAUUCUAAAAUAAAACAUGAAACCAGA